AUGCACGCGAGCUGGUUAUCUGGUGACUCUCGAGUUGCACUCUCAUCUGAAAAUGGCGCGAUCAUCUGGGAAUUAGACACAGGCCAGUGUUUGACGGUUCUAGAAAAAGGGCUGGGAUUCGAGAGAUAUGAGGCUGGCGCCUGGUCACACGACGGGGCCAGAAUUGCAACUCCCAAGUCAGAUUGGCUCGAGAUUUGGAAUUCAAACACUGGCGAGUGUGUUUCAAUUCUUGGUGGACAUAACGAGGCCAUUGAAUCCAUUGCCUGGUCACCUAAUUCACGUUGGCUGGCCUCUGGGUCAAUGGAUCACAGCAUAAAAGUCUGGAAUGCAGAGACCAAUCAGUCCGUGGCUGCUCCUGUGAGUUUUGAGAGCGUACAUUCUAUUUGUUGGUCACCCGAUAAGACAAAAUUUGCAGUCUGCGCUUCAGUUACUGCUGGGAUCUGUGACUCAUCGGGUCGACGUUUGUCGACUUUGGAGAACUCAACCCGGGGUAUUAUGUGGAGGUUUGUUUGGUCGCACGAUGGUACCAAGCUUGUCUGUGGGCGCAGGGGGGGUGUUCAGGUCUGGGAUCCGGCCACCGGGGAGUGCACACGGACACUUGAACGCCCUGGUUCUGAUCUAAAUGGCAAGGUUCAUUUUGGGGAGUCCAACUCCAAUCACUUACAGGUCGAUGAUGAGACAUACGACCUGCGGGAUGAGACACUUCGGGAUAUAUCUUCCCUCAUCACGCGCGAGCCUCUGAUUCCCCGACAAGAAGCAUUGUUUGGGCUAGCGCGCGGUGAGUCCUGGCUUACAAAGGGGGGUGUGAACCUCCUAUGGCUGGCCCCAGCAUAUCGACCGAGUAUUCGUGCUGCAUUUGACUCACACGGAUCCAAUGUGUUGAUUGGCUGUCGUUCAGGUCAAGUGCUAAUUUUGGAAUUCGCCGAAGAAAAUAGUUCUUUGUGGGACUGGUUCAAUCGAGCAAUAGCCAUUUCGAUGUUUAGUUCCCCAUGUUAA